AUGGUUUUUAAUCCAAUGGAGAAAGAUCAAGAUCCACUGUACAAGACGAUAUUGAUGCGGAAGCGGAACCGCAAAGAAGCUUAUCUUUUCGAGAAGACGAAGCGGAAGCUUGAAGCUUUUAUCAGAAUUUCAAGAAGGGGAAGCGAGAAACUAUUUUAUGAAUUUAAGAAGCAGAAGCGGAAGUUAGAAGCUUUUAGCAAAAAACGUUAA